CUAAAUAAAGGGUUUUAUUUAUUGUUAAAGUUCUCCCACUCUUCUGAGGUUUUGGUUUUUAAGAUAGGGCGACGUGCAUAGUUGAGAAUGGCGGCCAAUGCGUUUCACAGGUUUGUUGUGCCCACUCAUUCUCAUCUCUUUCAACAGCAGCAGCAACAGCAGGAAGGGCCUUUGCUUCGAGUUCUUCAUCGCCGAAAACCACUGAGAACCUUCGUCGCUGCCAGGAAAGACGUAGCUUCCACUACGUCGAGUAGUACCCACUUGGAGAAAACAGCAGAAGUUGUCGCUGUAGAUGAACUCAAGAAGGAUCUGGACGGCCUGCGCCAGAAGCUGGCCAAUCUGAUUGAACAAGGAGAAGAAGAAUAUGCGGAGGCUUUGCUCGACGCCAAUUACAAGGUUCUGAAGCGUCAGCUGGACGGCGGUGAGCAAGGAAUUGAGCAGGCGGCUCUGCUAGAUGUUCUUGCUCAAGGUCAUCUGGACAUGGGGGACGUUGAAGGCGCUGCACCACUUCUUACACAGUUGACACAACUUAUGGAGAAGAACCACUUUGACAGUGCUAAACCAGAACCUCUUGUUGAUAAAGUUGUGGAGCAUAUGGCUGCUAUGUAUGCAACCCUGGAUCAACCCGACCGGGCUAUAGAGCUGUACGAGCGAUGUCUUCGCAUGCAGGAAGACUUGUACGGUGGUAAAAGGAACGACAGCCCACUCCUCGUCAAUGCGCUUUUUGGUUACGCAGCUGCUUGCAAAGAUGCUGGUCAUUUGGAUAAGAGCACCGAACAGUACAUUCGGGCGAUUGCAAUAUUGGAGAAAGCAAACGGGCCGGACAGCCAGAUUUUGGUUCUCCCGCUCCAGCAUCUUGGUCUCGCUCUUUUGGAACGUGGCAAUCACGUUGAGGCAGAGCAAACGUUGAGCAGGGCUCUUAAGCUUGCAAAGGAGAAACCCAACGAUGGACGGGUUGGAGUUGUAAUGUCGUCAUUGGCGCAAGCAAAGUACAUGACUGGUGACAACGAGGCAUCGGCAGAUUUGUUUCGUGAAGCUUUGAGAGUGAUGGAGAGGAGUACCACGCCAGAUCCACUACUUAUCGAGUCGAUGAGAACAGACUUUUCAAUGGUGUUGACAGUCCUGGAAAGGCACAAGGAAGCACAGGAGGUUUUGGAAGACAACGUACAUGCUGUCCAGAAUAGGCUCGGGUCAAGUGACAUUGGGCUCUUUGUGCACAUGAAGAACCUGGCAGUGUCUCACGCCAACUGUGGCAACCUCGUCAAAUGCGAGUCUCUAAUGCGGAGAUGCUUACAAUUGGCCACUGCUCACUACGGUCCUAAUGCACCGGAGCUAUCUGGAGCGCUAGAGAUGCUUGCCACGCUCCUGCACCACAUGGAAAGGCACACCGAAGCGGAGCCUUUGGCUCGUCAGUCUCUGCUCUUGUGCGAGGCCAGAUAUGGGAGGGAACACCCGUUCUCAGGUGACGCUUGCAACACUCUAGCAGCAAUACUGUUCGCUCUGGAGAGAUUCCCGGAGGCUCAUGUCUUGAUGAGUAGAGUGCUCGACAUCCAGACGAGGGAGCUAGGCCCUUACGAUCCACUGGUUGGCAAGACGCUCGAGUACCUGGUGAUGAUCAACUCCAAGCUGGGCAGGGACUCAACGCAGUUGCUUAAAAGGCUCAAGGACAUUCAAGGAGACAAGUGAGAAGCCGCGGCCUCCUUGAUCAGAUGAACAGCUUGAGCACAUCAUCCACGGCAAUAUUGGCAGCCUCUCCGGGAUACUCUACGAUAAGCUUUCUCACCCUGAGGUUGUCAGCGAACAAGACGAAGCGCCGGCCCCGGACGCCCAUCCCGUGCCUGGUCAAGUCGAUGUCCAUACCCAAUGCUUUGGUGAAGGUUGCGGAGCCAUCGGCAAGGAAACGAACGGCAUCGUUGUUGUCCGCGAACGUCUUGGACCACUGAUGGGUGACGAAGGGAUCGUUCACUGCAGUCACGAGAGUUAUAAGUUUUGAGCAGCAGCAGCCAGGUACCUGUCAAGCAGUAGAUGUUUGUGAUGCCUUUGGCAUGGAGACUGGGUGCUUUGCUGAUGUAGCCAGGGAUGUGUUCUACGCUGGAGAGACGCAAAGAAUAAGAAGAGAUCAAGCAGGAUCGAGGAAAGAAAGUUACUUGCCUGCAACUUGGAGUG